GAAGCUGGUACAAAUCUCACCGAAGAAGCUGAGACAAAUCUCCCGCGGAAACCUACUCCAUAAAUACUGCGACCGCCACGUCACCAACCUCAUCCCCCCACUCGACCGACCACCAUCCACGCCCACGAACUCACUCGAAACCACCAACCUACCAUACUCUGUCCGAAUCCACACUCACAAAACCCGUCCUCCGUCAACUUCCCAACCUCGUCGCUCGGUGUUAAACAAGAUGUUCGAACAAGAGCUGGCUACUAUCAAAAGAUUGGGAAUUCGCCACAUCUUGCUCCAAGGCUUGAACUUUGCGACGGUGAUCUGUACGGCAUUGAUGCUAUGGAAAGGACUAGCGGUGGCACUGAACACGGAAUCGCCGGUAGUGGUGGUCCUCUCGGGCUCGAUGGAGCCGGGCUUCUACCGGGGAGACCUCCUCUUCCUCUCUCUGCCUCGCGACCGUCAGCUCAAGAUUGGCGAGAUCCCGGUCUUCAACGUGCCCGAGGGAAAGAUCCCGAUCGUCCAUCGAUUGAUCGAAAAUCAUGACGAACCCGCCUCGAACAACAAGAAGCCCAAAUCGGCCCCCCUCGCCGCUGCGGAUAAGUUGCCCACUCGUUGGAUGCUGACGAAGGGCGAUAAUAACCAUGAAAACGACGUCGCACUGUAUAACGGUCUCAAGUACCUUCAACGAUCUAACUUGAUCGGAAAAGUUAACGGAUACGUCCCUCAUGUCGGAUAUGUCACCAUCGUCAUGAACGAUUAUCCUAAGCUCAAGUACGCCUUACUCGGCGUGCUGGGUUUGACCAUCCUCUUACAUCGGGAGUGAUCGACUCGAGGCGCUCUUGUGGCUGUCCAAAGGAGGGAGAAUCUACUCGCUGAACCGAGUCUGUAGCAUCCAUACCUCCUUCCCCUCCACUUCUCAUCAACCACGCAUUUUGUUUUAUCCGUCCACUCGAUAUCAUUCCUGAUCAUGUGCAAAGUACUUCCCCCCAAACCUCCAACAACAUUAAAACAAAAAACCCCAUCAACCAAGUUCUCCUUGCCUUUUUUUUUUCUCCUCUCUCUCUCUCUGUUUCUCUCGCAUCAGCUUUCUUAUAUGAUGGAGAUAUGUAUGUCGUUCCACCGAGUCAGUCAAGUCGAUCUUGACGAUCACUGUACACUCCGUUUGGAUAGCCAACCUGUCCGGCCUGUUGUUUUCCGUCGAUAGAUAGGCUGCAAACCCCGUCAUAUCUUUGCCCUUGCCUUUAUCUUCUCUUUUCUCUUUUUUUUCAUCUAUCGGUUAUAGUGCUCUAUCUUCAACAAAUCUUUCCCCUUGAAUAUCAACAAAAAAUAAAUA